UCAGUGGCGCUCUCUGCCUAUCACCCUAUCAAUCGGAUGGAGAAUUAGACUGAUUAGACACUCUUAUUGACAGAGCCCUUGUACCUUUCACAUCACUUCCUCAUCUCCCUAGAACAGCUGGAAAGCUUUGUCUCCUUAGCAGCAGCAGCAGCAGCAAUCCUAAAGGGAGUUUAGGAUUCCUGCUUAUGCAUUAAUUCUCUCUUGUCUGUGAAACGUUAAGCCUACUCGCAGCAGCAGUGGAUUCAGUCUUGUCCUGAAGACUCAGCGCUUAUUGUCAGUAGGCUACAAGGAAUCAGUGGUGCAGAGAAGCAGCACCAUACGGGAUAGUACAAUAAAGUGCAUGUGUGUGCCGAGACUUGAUAUCUUAACAGGAAAGACGCAUCACCUGAAGUAUUAGUGUCGACCGCAGGAGUGAAAUUCAUCAGUGUCCUGAAAAGACUGUGUUUGCUGCCUCUGGCUCAGAGGAUUUUGACCUUCGCUCACGCACAAAGCACUUCAAUCCUUUCAGGACGACGUGCUGGGUCCUUCUACCCUUGUCUGGGGUUGUUGAAUGCCCCACCUGAGCAGUGGCUCUCUGAGACCCCAGCAGGGAACCAUGGAGAACAGCACACUGACCUGCAAUCCUGCAACCUUCUCCCAGGUGUUUGGGCGCCAGGGCCAGCUCAUGCAGGCAGCUGUGCAGUCACUGAACACCCUGAGUGACCAGAUCGCUCACUUUAUGAUAAACAGGCCCAAGGCUUUGGAUGAUGUUGAUGACACCUUCCUGCCCAGUGAGAAGGAAACUCUGAAGAAAUCCAUGACCUUAAUGAGACAACUGCUAAUGGAUGCACAGGCAAAAAUCCUUAAAAUGAUGGAUGACAACAAACAGUUGGCUCUGAGGAUCGAUGGGGCAAUCCAGUCUGCCAGUCAGGAGGUGACGAACCUACGAUCCGAACUGACAGCUACCAGCAGGAGACUGGCUGAAAUAAGCGCCUCUGAGCCCUCCACUAUCAUGGAGAACAAUCAACACAACACGCAAGAUCCUUCUGUCCACCAAAGGCAAAAGGCAGUGACUGACAUUUGCUUAAAAACUGACAUAACCAGCCUGAUGGACUUUAGUACCCCGGAUUCAUCGCUCGACAAAGUGAUGUUGCGGGAGGAGGUGGCGCAGCUCCAGGAGGAAAUCCAGCAGCUCCGCCAGAUGAAGGAGAUGCUGACCAAGGACCUGGAGGAGUCUCACGGGGGCAAGUCUGCCGAGGUGCUCUCUGCCACCGAGCUCAAGGUGCAGCUGGCACAGAAAGAGCAGGAGCUGGCACGAGCCAAGGAGGCCUUACAAGCCAUGAAGGCAGACAGGAAGCGCUUGAAAGCGGAGAAAGCGGACUUGGUGAACCAGAUGCAGCAGCUGUACGCCACUCUGGAGAGCCGUGAGGAGCAGCUGCGGGACUUUAUACGUAACUACGAGCAGCACAGAAAAGAGAGUGAAGAUGCAGUGAAAGCCCUGGCAAAAGAGAAGGAUCUGCUGGAGCGAGAGAAGUGGGACCUCCGGCGGCAAGCCAAAGAGGCGACGGAGCACGCCAGCACCCUACGCACGCAGCUGGACCUGAAAGAGAACAGGAUCAAGGAGCUGGAGGCUGAGCUUGCCAUGAUGAUUAACUGUGUGGCUCAGAAAAAGGAGUAUCGUGUGUUUGAUCGCUCUGCAGAGAAGGAGCCCCCCUUGAGGGUGAUGGCGGCGAAGCAGUCUCUAGCCACGCUGACCAAGGAUGUUCCCAAGAGGCACUCGCUGGCCAUGCCCGCCGAGACGCUGCUGAACGGCAACCAGGAGUGGGUGAUGCAGGCCGACCUGCCCCUGACCGCAGCCAUCCGCCAGAGCCAGCAGAGCCUGUAUCAUGGGCACCAGCCACACCCCGCAGCAGACAGGCCAGCAGUGAGAGUGAGCCCCUGCCACUCACGCCAGCCCUCCAGCAUCUCAGACGCCUCUGCCAUCGAGGGAGACCGCUCGUCCACGCCCAGUGACAUCAACUCGCCCCGUCAUCGGACGCACUCCCUGUGCAACUCACUGGAGGAUCUGGAAGACCAGAAGCGCAAGAAGAAGAAGGAGAAGAUGGGUCUGGGCUCCUUGUCACGGGUCUUUGCCAGGGGGAAGCAGCGCAAGUCCAUGGAUCCAGGCCUGUUUGAUGAUUCAGACAGCCUCUCCAGCCCCACCCGCAUGAGUCUCAGCCUAUCAGAUGGUGAGGAUCAGAUGGACCGCCUCCAACAGGUGGAGCUUGCCCGAACCACGCCCAUGUCUCACUGGAAGGCGGGGACUGUGCAAGCCUGGCUGGAAGUCAUCAUGGCCAUGCCUAUGUAUAUCAAAGCCUGCACAGACAACAUCAAGAGUGGCAAGGUGCUGCUGGGUUUGACAGAUGAAGACCUGGAGCUGGGGCUGGGUGUUACAAGCUCAAUGCACAGGCGGAAGCUGCGACUGGCCAUUGAAGAUUACCGGGAAGCGGAGACAGGCAAGGGGCUGUCGAAAGCAGCUGAUAUGGAUCAUCACUGGGUGGCCAAGGCCUGGCUGAGUGACAUCGGGCUGCCCCAGUACUCCCAGUCCUUUCAGAACAACCAGGUGGACGGGCGCAUGCUGAGCUCGCUGAGCCGCCGAGACCUGGAGAAGUACCUGAGCGUGUCCAAGAAAACACACCAGGUCAGCAUAAUGCUGGCGAUCGAGCUGCUGCACCUGCUCAGUUUCGACAAGGAGGUCCUACAGGAAAGGAGAUCACAUUGUGAGAAUCAAAACACUGACCCCAUUGUGUGGACGAACCAACGAGUGAUGAAGUGGAUCAGAGACAUCGACCUCAAGGAGUAUGUUGACAGUCUGCAAAACAGUGGGGUCCAUGGAGCAGUUUUGGUGCUGGAGCCUGCCUUCCACACAGAGGCCAUGGCAAACACCCUGGGCAUCCCCAGCAGCAAGCACAUCGUCCGCAGACACCUCAUGGAGGAGAUGAGGGCCCUGAUCAGCUCCUCCAGAGUGGGUUUACAGCAGGGUUAUGAGCGGUCCACCCCUUCCGUCAUACUGCAGGGCUCACUGGGGCGCCUCUCCAGCUCCGUGUGCAGGCAGAGUGCAGACGAGCACAGCCUGAAGGGCAGGGCAGGCAAGCCCCCUCUGUCCAAAGCAUUAUGUAGGAAGGAGCUUGAAGGACGUUACAACUCCUUCCCGAGAGAGAGCCGUGGAGAGGGAAGUCCACACAAGCCUGGAGGGAGCCCCAAGCACAGCUUCAGAGAGACAGAAGUCACCAAUGUGUAAAACACCACUUGAGGAGAAAACUGAACCAUUGCGUGUCAGGACCCAGGAUGGAGAGGGGUUAGAGUCUCUACAAAUGAGUUCUACAGGCUGACAUCGUUUACAGGCCCACAAGCAAUGUUAACUGGAUGUUCUGUCACCAUGGAAACCUGCAGAAUCCCAGACUAGCGCUGUCUGAAUAUUUCAAGAAGUGGCUUAAAAAUGGAGAGCUUUUACUGCCCCUGACAAUUUAAAAAAAAAAAAAAAAAAAAAAAAAGUUAGCAACAGGGUGACAGCAGAGGUCAUUGAUAUGGGAAAUGUAUCUUAAAGCACUAGGACCUCUCUGAAGUUAAUCAAUAGAACACUUACAGUAUCUCUGUUUAAAACAGUGCCAUUCAGUGCCACACGUAUUAAUGUGCUCCAAUACUAUUCCCUCACCUUCCUGUAUUGGGAAUAAAGACACAAUGUUUAAUACUAUUGCAAGAUAGAUCACUAUAAUAUACUGCCUUUACAUUGAAAAAGUGAGGGUGUGUAGAAUGUAGGUUAUUUCUUGUAAGUAAUUCUCCAGCAAGAGUUUUUAUUGGUAAUAAUAUUAUAAACAGUAGUAUUGUUAGAGUAUUUUUUUUAGAUUCAGCAAAAAGCAACCAGAAUGUAUUGCAAGUCUUCUAUGAUACUGUUACAAUGUCCUCAGACAUUGCUAGACUUUUGGCAUUAUUGUUAAAGAAGGGAGUGUUCUCAAUUUAUUUCAGAGGUUUUUUUUUUUUUUAUUUGCUUUAUUACAUGUAUUCUCAGAAGGAGAUACAGCCCUGAAAACACAACACAUUGUCCAGAUUACCCAAUAACCUAAAAAUAUAACUCGACUUGCUGCUUC